AUGGCUUCGGGAAGAAUUUGUUUAUGGCUUUUAUUUAUGACUAUUACACAAGUAGUCGGAGAAGAUAUACAAUCAAUGAUAAUGUCUUUAAUGAUUGAUUCCAAGUUUCAAUGUGCCAAUACAAGUUGUUUACCAUUCAUUAAUGUUUUUACAUCAAAUAUUAUGAAUUGUCAAGUAGCCUGUUUAACUCAAAGUCAAUGCAGAGCAGCCACUUUUCAUCGAUCAACUUUUAAUUGUGAAUUAUUUGAUAAUAUGUUGAAUCAAAAUGAAAGUAUAUUGGCUGAUAUCGAUGCUGUUAGUAUGAAUGUUAUUAGUGGAACACGAUUUCCAUCGGAUCAGAUGACUUCAACAACAACAUCAUCAUCGACAACAACGACAACAACAGGUAAAUUAUUUAAAACUUCUCAAGUUAUUGAAAAAAGAUUAUGUUCUCUAUCUUCUCAAUCAUCCUGGUCACAAACUGCAACUACUAUAUUUGGGAGCCAAUCAGGUACACCUGGCUCCAACCUUUCAUUUCUUUCUAGUCCAAUUGGAAUGUAUUAUGACGGUUUUAACAAUAUGUUAUUUGUUGCGGAUAGUGGAAAUCAACGUAUUCUACAAUUCUCUCUUGAUAAUUCACCUUCAGUUGCAAUAGUAAUUGCUGGAAGUAAUGGAUACGGUUGCAACAUGAAUCAGUUUGAAGCUCCUUACGGAAUAGGUGUUGAUAGUUUUGGUCGAUUGUAUGUAUCGGAUUUCUAUUGUAGUCAGGUCGUUAUAUUUCCAUCAAAUUCGAAUUCGACGACAUCUGGAACACUUUUCAGUUCUGUAGGUCUAGCAACAUCAAUAUCCAUAAAUCCAUUGACUGUCUCUUUCGAUGAUGAUAUUUAUGUAGUUAGCUACAAUGACAGUGCAGUAUACAAAUUUGUGGGUGGUAAUACAACAGCGAUGAUUGCAGCAGGUGGCAAUGGUAAUGGAUAUGCUUUGAAUCAACUGUCAGGUCCAGUUGGUGCUUACUAUGAUUAUUUAUAUACAAAUUCUUUGUACGUUGCCGAUAGUGGUAAUCAUCGUGUAUUGAAAUUUCCAUCCGGUUCAACGAAUGCAACUUAUGGAACAGUUGUCGCUGGAGGUAAUGGAGCUGGAAGUGGAGCGAAUCAGUUGAAUUAUCCAAGAUCUAUAAUAGUCGAUAGUAGUGGAACUCUCUAUAUAGCUGAUACAAAUAACAAUCGUAUUCAACGUUGGCUGCCAAAUGCAAGUAAUGGCACUACAGUCGCUGGUGGUAUACCAGGAACAGCAUCAGAUCAAUUAUAUUUUCUUGAAACAGUCCUCUUUGAUAAAUAUGGUAACCUAUUGGUUUCUGAUAGAUAUAAUAAUCGAAUACAAAUGUUUAAUCUAACAACAUGCUAG